GACAGUCUACUUUAGUCUAGUGUGUAGUACUGCUACUGACGCUGCGUUCUCAUCGCUACCAUUUCUUAAAUUCCAACCUCAAAAAUCCUGAACUGAAGUUCAAAAUAGCUCCCAGUAACGGCAAUUAUACUCCAUUCAAUCCAACACUCAAACAAGCAGAUUUGCAAGAAUUCCCAAUAAAACACAUCAAAUUCAUCAAUUUACUCCACAAAACAGAGUUAAACUAACAAGUGAUGAUUUCAAUGCAAACCUUAUCCCUACCACCUUCACCCACACCAAACCCACCACCAUUUUCUCUCUCCAAACCUUCCUUCUCACAGAGAGUCUACAUCCCUUCCUAUAUUUACAAACACCCAUCUGCAAUUCUCCUCGAAAUCUGCACCUCAAUUCAAGAACUCCGUCAAAUCGUUCCUAUUAUUUACAAACAUGGAUUAUACGAUGAACAGCUCUUUCAAACUAAGCUUGUUAGUUUGUUCUGUAAAUUCAAUUCCAUGAACGAUGCUGCUCGUGUUUUUUACCCGAUUGAGGACAAGAUUGAUGCCCUUUACCAUACUAUGUUAAAAGGGUAUGCUCACAAUUCCGACAUUAAUGAAGCUUUUUCGUUUUUUUGUAGGAUGAAAUGUGAUGGUGUUCAACCCAUUGUGUAUAACUUUACGUAUUUGUUGAAAUUGUGUGGUGACAAUUCGGAUAUUAUGAGGGGUAAGGAGAUUCAGGGACAGUUGAUUGUUAGUGGGUUUGCGUCGAAUUUGUUUGCAAUGACCGGGGUUAUGAAUAUGUAUGCUAAAUGUAAAGAAGUUUCUGAUGCAUAUAAGAUGUUUGAUAGAAUGCCUGAGAAAGAUGUGGCUUCUUGGAAUGCUAUUAUUUCUGGGUAUGCUCAAAAUGGGUAUGCUAAAAUUGCUUUAGAAUUGCUUGUAAGGAUGCAGGAGGAUGGACAGAGGCCUGAUUGGAUUACGGUGAUUACGGUUUUGCCUGCGUUGGCUGAUAUGGGUAAAGUUAUCAUGGGGAAAUCUAUUCAUGGGUAUGUUUUAAGGGCCGGAUUCGAGUGUUAUGUGAAUGUUUUGACUGCAUUGGUGGAUAUGUAUGCGAAAUGUAGAGCAGUGGGGACUGCUAGGUUGAUUUUUGAUUCUAUGGAGUCUAGGACUGUUGUUACUUGGAAUUCCAUGAUUGAUGGGUAUAUUCAAAGUGGGGAUCCCGAGGAAGCAUUGGCACUUUUUGAGAAAAUGUUGGAUGAAGGAAUAGAACCAAGUAAUGUAUCGAUCAUGGAAGCUAUACAUGCUUGUGCUGACUUGGGAGAUUUAAAGAAGGGUAUGGUAGUCCAUAGAAUGUCGGAUCAAUUGGCGUUUGGCUCUAAUGUAUCAGUGACGAAUUCCUUGAUUUCUAUGUAUUCAAAAUGUAAGAAGGUUGAUGUGGCAGUGAAAUUAUUUGACAACAUAAAGAGUAAGACUAGAGUGUCCUGGAACGCCAUGAUCAUAGGUUUUGCACAAAAUGGUUGUGUUAAUGAGGCCUUGCAUUAUUUUUCUGAGAUGCAAUUAAAAGGUAUCAAAAUGGAUUCAUUUACUUUGGUGAGUGUGAUUCCUGCUUUAGCUGAGUUGUCCAUUUUACGCCAAGCAAAAUGGAUCCAUGGGAUUUCUAUAAGAACUUGCUUGGACAAAAAUGUAUUUGUAAAGACUGCUCUUGUUGACAUGUAUGCUAAGUGUGGAGCAAUUGAGACUGCAAGAAGGCUUUUUGAUGAAAUGGAUGAGAGGCAUGUAACAACUUGGAAUGCCAUGAUAGAUGCAUAUGGGACACAUGGGCUCGGAGAAGCAGCACUUGAACUUUUCUCUGAAAUGCAGAAAGGUUCAAUACUACCAAAUGAGGUAACAUUUUUGUGCAUCAUAUCAGCUUGCAGCCACUCAGGUCUUGUUGAAGAUGGAAAGUAUUACUUUGAAUUGAUGAAGGAAGAAUAUAAUUUGGAGCCUAAAAUGGAUCACUAUGGAGCUGUUGUAGACCUUUUAGGUCGAGCUGGCCUUCUUGAAGAGGCAUGGGACUUCAUCCUAAACAUGCCUAUAGAGCCUGGUGUUAGUGUGUAUGGAGCAAUGUUGGGUGCUUGCAAAAUCCACAAGAACAUUGAGUUGGGCGGGAAAGCAGCUAAUAGACUGUUUGAUCUCAAUCCAGAUGAUGGUGGUUACCAUGUGCUGCUAGCUAAUAUUUAUUCUGCAGCAUCAAUGUGGGAUAAAGUAGCUGAGGUGCGAUCAAUGAUGGACAAUAAGGGUCUUCGUAAGACCCCUGGCUGUAGUUUAGUGGAGCUAAGAAAUGAGUUUCAUACUUUCCAUUCUGGAAGUACACUUCAUCCCCAAUCACGAGAGAUUUAUUCUUAUCUGGAUUCACUUAUUGACCGAAUAAAACUUGUAGGUUAUGUUCCAGAUACCAAUUCUGGACAUGAUGUAGAAGCUGAUGUUCAGGAGCAAUUGCUUACUAGCCACAGUGAGAAACUAGCAAUUGCAUUUAGUCUUCUUAAUACGAGCAAUGGGGUACCUAUACACAUUCGAAAAAAUCUCCGUGUCUGUGGUGAUUGCCAUAAUGCCACCAAAUACAUCUCAUUCGUGACAGGCCGAGAAAUUAUUGUGCGUGAUAUGCACAGAUUCCACCAUUUCAAGAAUGGAACCUGCUCCUGUGGUGAUUACUGGUAGUAGAUUUUUUCUUCAAGCGUGGCAUAGUUAGAUUUGCAUCAUUAUGGUUGGAAGCCAUCUGAAGUUCUGACAUCUUGACAUUUCAUGGACACCUUCGGCUUCUGUCAUAUACAUAAUACAUUAGUUUGCCCUUGCCUUCUAUAAGAGCAUCUGGAACUGGUUCACUUGGUUGCUGUAAAAUACUAGAAUCAUACUUGAAACAUAAAUAACAGAUAAUAUUUUUUGGGAAUUGUUCAGCAUCACAAUCCAUGAUGUUUUGGGUUUUAUCAUGUGAAGUUGAAAUUUUGUAUUUAAUUCAGAAAUUGUAGUGGAAAAUCUACAAGGACGCGUCCCUCGUAUUAAGACUUGAGUUGGUGAUCCUAUAUAUUACCGGAGAACCAACGCAAAUCAGUGUAUACAUUUAGUUCUAAGCAAUUAUUGUUGUGGGAGUUUUUCCAAUAGAUGAUGACGAGGAGGUAUUCGGUUCCACGUAGCGCCUAGUCUGAGUUCCGACUGGUAACAUCACCUGCAAAACAAGAAUAUUUUCGUAGGAAUAUUCCCUCCGAUACCUAAGUAAGAUUAGGGUUUUUAAGAGAGAAGAGAGAGAUUAAUGUCAUGAAUAGUGAUGUAUUCAAUGCCUUGAAACUUGUGUCCCCUUUUCUUAGAAAAGGGUUGUAUUUAUACUAUUUGCCUCUUUAGGGGAAACCCUAAGAGUAAACUACCUGAUUGGUUGGUUAAUGAUGAGAGGACAUGUGUCCUUGUCAAGA